CCAGAAAGACAAGACAAAAGGAAAGAGCGUGGCUUGUUCGGGGUGCAGUGAAGCACAAGCCAUCCAGAGGGAAAAGAUGACAGAACAGCAGGGGACCCCAGACCAGCUUCCUGCAGACAAGGGCCAAGGAGGGGCUGGAGCCACAUAUAAGCUGGUUGUAUUUGAGUUUGAGAACUUUCGUGGGAAAAAGGUGGAGUUGUCCGGUGAGUGUAAAGACCUGUUGGAGAAGACCCAAAGAGUCGGCUCGGUCAUUGUGGAGUCAGGACCAUGGGUAGGAUUUGAGCGUCUGGGUUUCGCUGGAGAGCAGUUUGUUCUCGACAAAGGAGAGUAUCCUCGCUGGAGCACCUGGACUAGCUGUCAGAGUAGCUACACCCUGAGCUCCUUCAGGCCUCUAAAAGUGGAAAGUGCAGAUCACAAGUUGCACCUGUUUGAGAAUGUGGCAUUUGAAGGAAGGAAGAUGGAGAUUGUUGACGAUGACGUACCGAGUCUCUGGGCUCAUGGCUUCCAAGACCGUGUGGCUAGUGCUAAGGCUAUUUCUGGAACGUGGGUGGGAUACACGUAUCCGGGCUACAGAGGGCGCCAGUACGUCUUUGAACAUGGAGACUUCAAGCACUGGAACGCUUGGGGAGCCACAGCACCUCAGAUCCAGUCCGUCCGACGUGUGCGGGACAUGCAGUGGCAUAAGAGAGGGUGCUAUAUUCCACCUGCCCCAGCCCCUGGUCCUGCUCCUGCUCCUGCUCCUACCCCUGCACCUGGCCCUUCCCCUGUACCGCCAAACCCCAAUCCAAAUCCUAAUCCCAGUCUUAAUCCUCAACCCACUCCCAAAUCCCAAACUCAACCCCAGCCUUAACAGCACACCUCCGACAACGCCCACACCGACUGGGGAAAGCUGAACACAGCCCCCAGUCUCUUCUCUGUGCUCCUUAUUGGGUGAGGAAAACUGGCCCUGGCAAUACUGAAACACGUGUCUCUGCUGGAAAUAAAGGCUUUGGCCCUGCUAUGUGCAAAUUAGUCUCAUGGUACUCAUUA